AGUGGGGAAAUAUGUUGAACCAAACAAAGUUAGGGAAAGCAAGCUGGACUUCCUGGACACUAUAUAAGUUGCAUUAACUGGGAUUAUUCUUUGGUAGUGGGAGGAGAAAAUAAAUGUAGGCUAUAUAGGAGCUGUGCGUAAAAAUCCACAAGAUUCCUUUGUGGGGUUGAUCGUGGGUGCCAAAGUGCGACUUGAGGAGAAACGUAUUCAUGCAAAUUCAUAAAUUCAUAGGCGUGCCUUUGGGCGAUGGAGUCACCGCCGGAAAGCAACCCCCCUCCUGGAUCAUCAGCGACCAUCAAAGACUGAUGCGCAGCGCUCGGACGCAUUGACAGCGGCACCCGGGCAAAUGUUUUAAAAGCGCAGGGGAAGAGAAAGUUAGGACUAGUUUCUUUGUCGCUUCUGUUGACUGGCUGCAAUUCUUCGUUAAUACAACCAUCAGUUUGACUUCUGCGCCACUACAUCUACAUCCUCAGGCUUUUUGCGCAAACUACAGUAUAACGCGUUGCAGCGACUAUCACUGUUUGCAUUGGGUUAGUUUUUUCUGUUUACAGUAAAUUCGGACGGCUUUAGAUGCUGUGGAUCCUGAUGCGCAUGAACCUAAAGCGAUUCAACUAGUCUAUAUAAAAAUUGUGCGUAAAUUCAUUUGUUCAUUUUUUGAGAAAACUACUUAAUUGUUAUUGUGUUUAAAUUGCUGAGGACCUUUCUCGCAUCAACAUGUCAGAGGACGACAGUUGCACUAACAGGGUGUCGGAAACAGAAAGCAGUAACGUUAGCGUCCUCAACUGGGAGCAAGUGCAGCGCCUGGACGCCAUCCUGACGGGGACCGUCCCGAUCCACGGCCGGCGAAACUUCCCCACUCUGGAGAUGCAGCCGCGGCAGAUCGUCAAAGUGGUGCGGAGUCGAAUGGAGGACAAACAGAUCCACGUCCGGGACGUUCGGUUAAACGGCUCUGCAGCCAGCUACGUUCUGCAUGAGGAUAGCGGACUGGGAUUAUUUUAUUCAUUAUGUUGUUUUGAUAUCAUGUUAUGUUUUAAACCUUUUGUUAUUCACUAG